AUGUCAACACUUCUUCAGCAAUCAUUCCGUGAUAAGAGGCUACCUCCAGUCCCGCCAGCGGCUUCGACGUACCAUCAUGACCCUCUAUUAUAUGUUGAACGCCAGACGAAACACAUACAGCGCAAUCUUCAGGUUCUGAUAGACGCGCAAAGUGACGGCCUGUUCUCGGGACUCGCACGGCCUCAGUCAGACGAAGCCUCCAGCAGGAGCUUGAGUCCAAGCGCCUCCGAGGCUAGUCGCUCACAAUCUCCUUCUACGGUCCUCUUAAGGCAAACUGCACCAAAGAAAAUUGGACUUCGGGCCGCUCGAGAUGGGAUCUUCCAAUCGAUUUAUGACCUAUUGAAGCUGCGAGAGGAAGAACGAGAGAUCAUUUUGAAUCAGACGGGCGAGAGAGAAAGUGCGCUACAUGAUAUACAAAGCUUUCUCUCAAAAAGAUCCGGUCUCGAAGAAGCCAUCGCUUCUAUACAUGGCGAUCAGGAGAGCCAACAAUCAAAACAACUAGAAGAAGAGGCUCGGACCCUCGCGACUGACAUUCAUGAAUUGGAGACCAGGCUGUAUGAGAUGAAAGCUAAACAUCGUCAUCUUGUCAGUGAGAUUUCACAUAUCAAUAACUCGGUCGACGCCAAGCUAUCUUCCUAUACUGAAUCGUUGUCCAUACUCGACUCCGAUAUCCGAAAGUACCUCCGAGACCCUCCCAUUCAACCCUUAUCGCAACUUUCAGGCGAAUCUACCUUCCACUCCCUCAAUCCCAAACGCCGCACACUUGACAUGGUUCGGGAACAUUGGAGCACGGAGCAAGUGAGUUUACGCAGUCGGCAACAGAAAGUAGAUGAAGAGAUUCUGGCACUGGAAGAGGGAGGCGGAGUGUGGAAGCAAGCAGUAGCAGACGUUACCGGCUUCGAGAAGCGUCUCAGGGCCAACAUGCGACACUAUGUUGAGAUUACGACGCCAGCGACCGAGUCCGAAGGAUCUACAUCACCAGAUUACAAAGAUGAGCUUGUUAAGAAUAUCUUGGAUGAUUUGGAAAAGACUACCCAGCGCGUUGAAUCACAUUUGGAGCUCGCCGAGGACAAAGACUGGAAGUUAUUGGUUUGCUGCAUUGCAGCCGAGCUAGAAGCUCUACGAGAAGCAAGGGGUAUACUCCGUCCCGCCUUUGGCUUGCCGGUGCAUGAAAAGGAUGAAGCCCUAAGCUCCCCUGGCGAUCCUUCACUGGAGGACCAGAGCCAGAGCCAGGAGGACCAUGAGCCCCCCUACGAGGAUUCGCUAGCUCACGACGACCCGGAACCUCCAGCUGACUUGUUGAAGGAUGCAGAUUCUCAUCACUCAGAUCAUGGGUCAAGGUCUGAAGAAGACGAUGAACCAGAUCCUGCUUGGUUGACAUGA